UCUUCUGCUCUCUUCCGGCUGCACCCCCAGCCCCUCGCCCAGUGGCUGGCGGGCAGUAGGCACUGAACACGUAUUUGUCUAGUAAAAUCUGUCAGCUGGGGUCGGAAAGGGGAGGGGAGCGGAGAGAGACCAGAAGAGCAGGUGCAGCCUGCGCAGAGGUGAGGAGCCUUUCCACCGGCCGCCUGCCCUGUGCUGCAGCCAUGGUGGCCCCGGGGCUGCGAGUGUCCCUCUGCGCAGCCGUGAUUCUCCAAUUCUCCUUGGUGACAGGAGGCUUCUGGAACUCUGUCCUGCAGCUGGUGAGCAACGACAAGACCUUCUCGCGGGUGGAGGAGGAGCUGAGCUGGCCGGACGCCCAGCAGCACUGCCGGAUGUACUACACGGACCUGGCCGACCUGGAGAGCGUGAACAGCUUGGAAGGGAUGAUGACUCUUUACAGCCUGGCCAAGGGCACCUCGGCGUGGAUCGGCCUCUUCUUCGACGUGAACCUCGGCAGCCUGAGGUGGUCCAGCGGUUCCGUCUUCACCAUCCCCGUGUGGAGCCCACUGCCCGUCCUCAAGAAGGGCAUCUGUGCCACGCUGUACUCCGUGGCCCUUGCCCCCAGCCUGGGCACCGCCUCCUGCACAACUCAGAAGCCCUUCAUCUGCUACUACGACCCCGCCAAGGGGUACGGCAGCUCCGUGGAGCCCGCUCUCAGCCUGACCACCUCUCCAAAGCCAGCGGUGGUCCAGAUCGGCCAGCGGACCUUCCGGCGGUAUGAGCAAGGAGUGACGUGGCUGGCGGCCCUGCUGCGCUGCCGUGCCCACCACACGGACCUGGCCGACCUGCAGGCGGUGACGGAGGAGGACGCCAAGGGGGCCCUGAGGUCCAUCACCAGUGAGACGGAGGCCUGGAUCGGCCUCUACUUCGACGCGGCCUCUGGGUCUCUGAACUGGUCCAGCGGCCUGGGCGCCAGCAUCCCCAAAUGGCUGCGGGUGCCCCAGUUCGGGACGGGGCUGUGUGCGGGGCUCGGCACCUACUACAGCUACGCCCCCAGAGUGCGCUCACAGGCCUGCUCUUCCCUGCGGCCGUUCAUCUGCUUCUACGGUGCGUGGGGGUCCGCCCCACUGGCCCUCGGCCCGCCAGGGCGGGACGGGGAUGGGGAAUGGGUUUGCCUGGCAGCAGGAGACGCUGAGCGUGGACCUAAGGAGGCCCUCCCAGUCCGAGGGUCAGAGUACGGUGACACAGGCGCCCUCCUGGGCGUGGUUGCUGUGGUGGAGGCUGGCCCCCGGCGGUGCCCCUGCCAGGCCCGGCACCCCGCCAUCGGACACCGGGCGUCGGCGGCGCUCCCCCAGCUUAGCUACAUCCCCCCCUCAGAAGAGACCGUGGGGACGACGUCCAGCCCAGCCGUGCCCAGUGAAGGAGGUGGCGCUGGCGUAACAGACACAGCCACGGCCACUCAGGCCCAGCACGUGAGCACAUCCAACCACCCGAAGCUGCAGGAAAAAGCUACAGCAUCAGAAUCAGGGCGGACCUUCGGGAUCCUGAAGGCAGACUUCACCCUCCCAGCUACGGCGGACCCAGAGGACAUGAAGGAGCAGUUUCUGAGUGAGAUCCAAGAAGUCCUAAAGCUGACGCUGGGUCACCAGUGGUUCAGGCUGACGUGGGUCGGCCACGAAAGAGACAAAAAGUAGCUCACGCUUGCUCAUCCGCGGUCUCCUUCUCACGCGGUCUUGUCUGGGUUUGGGUGGAUCUGUGUUCUUUGAAUGUCAAGCAGCCCAGAAUGAGAAGGAACCCCAGAGCCCUGGAGAGGCCAGGCUAAGGGUGGACCUUAGAUCCCCUCCCAGCUCCAGAGAAAACCACACCGGCAACCCGCACCCCUGGCACUUUGUAGAAUGCGGCAGGGGAACCAGAGGAAGGGUCUGAGAACACUAACUUUGAGGACGACACGCAAACAAGAACAGAAAACCAGAAACUCUGAAACCAACCCCAUGGACCUGGGGGACUAGGACAGGGCAGUGGUGGUCUGGGACACUAAUGGGGCCACGCUUCCAAACACAGCGGGUCCCUUCUUCCCCGGCGACAACCUACUACAGGGGUUUCAAAUUCUCCAGGACGAGGCGCUCUCUGGGGCGUUAGCACAACACCACACUAGAUGUUCCUGCUAUUUGUCCCGAAUCUAAAUAUUUCUUCCCUGUGAGUUGGGGAAUUCUGAGGCGUUGUUCUUAAUGUUAAAAUAUACCUUCAGAAGAAUGUUCCUUCGAACAGUUUUUUUUCUGGUUUCUCGCCAAGGGUCCUAAUCCCCCAGAGACGCGCACGAAGUAAGAGAGUAAUAUGUCACGUGCCACGGCAAUGUUAGUCUGAAAUGUUUAAAGUUUAUUCAUAUUCUUUGUAGGAUUAUCAAUAAAAGACCUCAAACGCAUCGAUAUCUGUACAUGUACAAGAACCAUCAAAAUGUAUUCACAGAACAAAAAUAAAUCUUCUUUAGAACAAACCCAGGUGAUGAAAUGCGGGUGUGGGUCUCUCACAUGGGGAGCGGUCUAAGUGCUACCAGCACAAAAAUAUGGCUU